AUCGUCCCUUUGCACACCGCCCCUUCCGCUCUAACGACGCCGGGGCGGGGCGCCGUCCGGAACACGUCCGCCAUUGGCCGGGGGGGCGGGUCCGGGGCGAGGCGGCCCGCGGAUUGGCCGGGCUCGCCGGAGGGCGGGCCCGCGCAUGCACUUAAGGGGCGACGACGGCGCGGGGGUAGUGCCAAGAUGUCGGCUGUCCCCGAGCUGAAGCAGAUCAGCCGCGCCGAGGCCAUGCGCCUGGGCCCGGGCUGGAGCCACUCGUGUCACGCCAUGCUCUACGCCGCCAACCCGGGGCAGCUGUUCGGCCGCAUCCCCAUGCGCUUCUCGGUGCUGAUGCAGAUGCGCUUCGACGGGCUGCUGGGCUUCCCGGGCGGCUUCGUGGACCGGCGCUUCUGGUCGCUGGAGGACGGGCUGAACCGCGUGCUGGGGCUGGGCCUGGGCGGCCUGCGGCUGACGGAGGCCGACUACCUGAGCUCGCACCUGGCGGAGGGCCCGCAGCGCGUCGUGGCGCACCUGUACGCGCGGCAGCUGACGCUGGAGCAGCUGCACGCCCUGGAGGUCCGCGCCGUGCACUCGCGCGACCACGGCCUGGAGGUGCUCAACAUGAUGCCCGAGGACAAGCUGGCUGAGGCCUUGGCUGCGUCCGCGGAGAAGCAGAAGAAGGCCCUGGAGAAGCUGGGCCUCCCCAAGUCUUCCUCCUAAGGUUGCCUUUGCCCUCCCCCCGCCCUGCCGUCCGCGCCAGGUGUUUGCCGGCUGCCCUGUUCCACCCGCGGCCCGACCCCAGGGCCCGACCAUCCUCACCUGCCUCACGGGUUGGGGAGGCCCCAGGGCUGCAGCUUUCCCAGCGGGUCGGCUGCCCCACGCUGGCACCGCACCUAACAGCUAGUGUGCCCGCUCGGGGUGAACGCCUGCCUUUGCCCCUCCGUCAGCCAGCCCGGUCAGACCUGGCCCGUUUGCUUUAGCUGCUGUCGCCCCUGCGACUGGUGAGCCUUCGGGGCAGCUCUGCACACCGGGCUUGCUCACCUGACUGGGGGCUGCGGGCGGGCACAGGAGGGGCUCCCCCAAGUGCAGGUGCCGGCCGCCGCCCUGUACUGCGCUGGCG